CCCCUUCCCCCUUGGUGAAAUACGUUUCUCUGGGACUGCGGACUUCUCGGCACGCUGUGUGUCCUCCACGUUUUAGCAGCUGUCAGCUGAUCCACCUGCUGCUCUUCAUCAGACAGAGGCUGAGCCACUGAUGCUCUGAUAGAAUGAAAGAGGUGGAGGAGAAGGAAGAAGCAUCUGUCUACCAACGGGUCGUGUUGAAAAACGCCUCACCGUACCACUACCUGAAGGUCCGCCUUGUGCUGGAGGAUGACUCAACCAGACUAAGUGCCGUUGAACUGAAAUACUUCAUCAUCACAGGCCUGAAGUCUCUGUAUGGAGAGGUGGGAGCAGCGUUAAACUUUGACGUCCUGAAGUACGAUGAGGACACCCUGACCGCUUUCCUCCGUGUUUACAGCAGAAGUUUGGUGAAGCUGUGGAGCUCCCUGACUCUUCUCGGCUCCUACCAGAACCAGGCCUGUGCCUUCAGAGUCCUGCAGGUGUCUCCGUUCCUCUUGGCGCUGACUGGAAACAGUCGGGAUCUACAGCUCGACUGAGGCCUGAGGAGCUUUUUUUCCUUCCGCAAUGAGUUUCCUGUGGAGGCGAGUCUUUAAUAAACCGCUGUCUUCCAUCACAGCGGCUCCUCACCUCAGCCGGCCACUCCACAUUGGCCAACGAGCUUCGCUCACCAAAGCGUUCUCCUCCCGUGACGUGGAGGUGUUCGCUGAGCUGACAGGUGACACCAACCCCCUCCACCUGGAUCCGGCCUACGCCAGCACCACUUCGUUCGAGACACCUAUCGUGCACGGCGUCCUCAUCAACGGCCUGAUCUCGGCCGUGCUCGGCACCAGGAUGCCGGGUCGAGGCUGCAUCUUCUUGUACCAGGAGAUCCGCUUCCCGGCGCCGCUCUACGUUGGAGAGGAGGUGCUGGCCGAAGCCGAAGUCCGCAAGAUUAAGAUGUCCUUUGCCUUCAUUGCUGUGACGUGCUCUGUUAAGGAUAAAGUGGUGAUGGAGGGUGAGGUGAUGGUGAUGAUGCCUGAGGAGCAGCAGCAGAAGGAGUGAGAGGAGGAGGUGGUCACCGCUCACUGUCUCCUCAAAAUAGUAUUUUGUACAUGAGGGACUUUAUUAUUGUUUAUUGCUCAAAGCAAGAAAAACGUGUUUAUAGGCAGAACAUCUACUAUUUGUUUCCAGCUCUGCUUUGUUUGUUUUGAAAUCUUUUGUGUGGAGAUAAAAUAAUAAAUUUGUCUUUGAAUUUUUCAAAC